GCACCAUUUCCUUCUCGUUUGGCGUGGGCGCGUGCUAAUUCAUUUUUUUUUCCUGCUGGCCUGCCCAUCGCGUCGUUUUGCUUUUGGGAAACACCGAGAUACCCAAACUACGAUUCUUGCACAAUGAAGGCCGAUGAGGUCGCAAGCAUCGCUCCCGCCCUGUCGGGAGACUUUCGGUCCAUCGAGCCGCACCUUGCCAGUCUCGACAAGCACCUGACAUUGCGGUCCUACCUCGAUGGCUACCAGCUUGGCGAGCUCGACUCCAAGAUCUGGGUCGCAAUUGCGAGCAACAGGGCAGCCGUGGCCUUUGUCAAGAAGGGCGGCCUUGCAAACCUGACCCGCUGGUACCUCUACCUUGAGCAGAACCACCCCGAGAUUCAAGGAGAGAUCAAGAAAGCCGCUGCGGCGCAAAAGGCAAAGGUUGCCGCUGCUAGCAGGGCUGGCGGCAACUACAACCUCGCUCUUCAGGAUGCCGACAAGGGGGUUGUGACCAGGUUCCUGCCUGAGCCGUCUGGAUAUCUCCACAUUGGGCAUGCCAAAGCAGCUCUUCUCAGCGACUACUUCGCUCACCAGGCCUACAACGGCACUCUGCGACUUCGGCUCGACGAUACUAACCCUUCAAAGGAGAAGGAGGAGUAUCAGGAUGCCAUCAUCCAAGAUCUCGCCUUGAUGGGAAUCGAGGCCGACAAAUUCUCCCACACGUCGGACUACUUCCAAUACUUGUAUGAGAUGUGCCUGCGUCUCAUCAAGGAGGGCCACGCAUACGCCGAUGACACAGACCAGGAGACGAUGAGAGAGGAGCGUGGCAAGGGCAUCGCCUCGAAGCACCGUGAGAUGGCAAUCGAGGAGACGCUGCGCAUCUUCGAGGAGAUGAAAAAGGGCUCCGACGAGGGAAAGCGGUUCUGCAUCCGCGCGAAGCUGUCGGUCGACAACCCGAACAAGGCGAUGCGCGACCCCGUCAUCUACCGAUGCAACGACGAGCCACACCACAGGACAAAAACCACAUGGAAGAUGUACCCCAUGUACGACUUUGCCUGCCCCGUUGUUGACAGCUUUGAGGGCGUGACCCAUGCUUUGAGGUCCACCGAGUACACGGACAGGAACCCGCAGUACCAGUGGUUUCUCGACACGCUGAAGCUUCGCCAAGUUCACAUGUGGGACUUUGCGCGUAUGAACUUCAUUCGGACGUUCCUCUCCAAACGCAAGCUGGCAAAGCUGGUUGAUACUGGCCGUGUCUGGGGCUGGGAUGACCCUCGUAUGCCGACCGUGCGAGGUGUGCGUCGGCGUGGCAUGACAGUUGCUGCCCUCCGUGACUUCAUUAUUAAGCAGGGCCCGAGCCGGAAUGUGACAAGCAUGGACUGGACUUCAUUCUGGGCCGCCAACAAGAAGGAGAUCGACCCCAUUGCACCGCGCCACACGGCCUUGACUCAGAAGAGUGUCGUGAAGGUCACUAUCACUGGCGCCGAGGCCCCUGCCUCGCCACAGACGGUCGACAAGCCGAAGCAUCCCAAGAACAAGGAGGUUGGACUGAAGCCAGUCACCUUCUCUUCUGAGAUCCUGCUAGAGCAGGAGGAUGUUGCCCUGAUGAAGGUUGGCGAGGAGAUUACGCUGAUGGCAUGGGGUAAUGCCAUUGUGCGUGAAAUCAAGGAGGGAGCCCCUAUCCCCAGCAUCACUGUCGAGCUCAACCUUGCCGGCGAUGUCAAGACCACCGAGAAGAAAGUCACAUGGCUCUCUAGUAAAGGACAGGACCUUGUUCCUGCAGAGCUCUGGGACUUCGACUACCUCAUCACCAAGGACAAGCUUGAGGAGGAGGACGAUCUCGAGAAGUAUCUCACGCCCGUCACAGAGUCAAUGGAGCCCGCCUGGUGUGGAGCAGAUGCCGCCUCGCUCAAGAAAGACGAUAUUGUUCAGCUUGAGCGGAGAGGAUAUUACAGGGUGGAUAAGGGGCUCAAUGACUGGGCAAAUGGGGAGGAAGGCGAGAAGGGCAAGAGGAUCGUGUUAUUUUGCAUCCCCACCGGCAAGUCCAAAUAGACUCUGGCGGCCCGAACCAGAGGUCUUGCCGCGACAGAGAUACAUGAGCUCCUUGACCAUAUGCCCGCUGCGUUUGAGGGCCAUUGAUCGUUAUAGGGCAACAUGACGGCGAGAUGCAUGUUGUCUAGGGGUUGCCUAUCAAGCUAGGAGAAAAGAAAGUUGAUCCCUUCUGCUCAAUGGCCCGCCUAACUGGGGGCCAUGCGGGCUGCCUUCCCAUAAAUAGUAUAUUUCCACUUCUUCGGUGAUCUGUUCCUGCAUCGCCCCAAAGGCGCGAGACUCUUGGCUCGAAGAUGUCCAAUCGUCACUGAUCGAUAG